UUGACUUUCUGUCCACCUUUCAGCAGCAUGGAUCUGUGCGUCACCAUCAAAGGGGUCUCCUUCCUCCUGCAAACAGGCAUGGGCAUCUUAGGGAACACGGUGGUGCUGCUGGCCUACGCUCAGCUCAUCUACGCCGAGCCCAAGCUCCUACCCGUGGACAUGAUCCUGUGCCACCUGGCCUUCGCCAACCUGAUGCUGCUGCUGACCCGCUGCGUCCCGCAGACCAUGAGCGUGUUCGGGCUGCGGGACCUGCUGGGUGACCCCGGCUGCAAGGUGGUGAUCUACGCCUACCGCAUCGGCCGGGCUUUGUCGGUCUGCGUCACCUGCAUGCUCAGCGUCUUUCAGGCGGUGACCCUUGCCCCCGCCGGACCCCGUCUGUCCAGGUUGAAGCCCGCACUUCCCUCCCUGGUGCUGCCCACCUCCGCAGGGCUGUGGCUCCUCAACAUGGCCGUGUGCGUCGCGGCCCCUCUCUUCUCCAUGGCGCCGCGCAACGGCACCGCCCCGGCCUUCACCCUCAACCUUGGCUUCUGCCACGUGGACUUCAGGGACAACCUGUCCUACGUGAUCAACGGCGUGGCGGUCUCUGUGCGGGACUUCGCCUUCGUCGCCCUGAUGUUGGGCUCGAGCGGUUACAUCCUGCUGCUGCUGCUGCACCGCCACAGCCGCCGGGUGAGGGGGAUCCGUCGCUCUCAGGGCGGCGGGGCGGAGACCAGGGCGGCCAAAACAGUGAUCACCCUGGUGGUUCUGUACGCGGUCUUCUUCGGGAUCGACAACGCGAUCUGGAUCUACAUGCUGACGGUGGCAAAGGUGUCGCCCGUGGUGGCUGAUAUGAGGGUGUUCUUCUCCUCCUGCUACGCCUCUCUCAGCCCAUACUUCAUCAUUUCCUCCAACAAGAAGGUCAAGGCAAAGAUCCUGUGUGCAGCGGAGCAGGACCAGCCGUCAGUGGACAACCAGGAGACGAGCGACAAAUGACACCCUCGCUUUGUUUUGACAGGCUGUCGACUAACAAGGCGGCAGAGCUGUACUCUCAGACCUCAUCUUUUUCCACACUGCUGCACGGAUGAGUGACAUUUACUGAGACCCCUUGUUGGACAAACCGUAUUUAUAUUUUCAGCAAAAUCUAAAAUAUGCUGUACCCACCCUGUGGUAAACACCAUCAUCUUCAUUGCAGCUAAAAGAAUUCAAUGAGUAAAGAAGUGAAUUCAUCUGCAUAAGCUUUGAGUAUUGGUUAGUUGUCAAUUUACAUGAUUGGAUGCUUUACUUGGCAUUUGAGUUAGAGACUGUUGCUUGUAUGAUGAGCAUUUUAAAGAGGAAUAAAGCCAAAACUGAGGACAUCAUAGGCAUGCCAUUGAAAUAGUUUGAGUAAUUUGAGGUUUAACUAGGUAGAAGGCAUCUACAUCUAGGUACAGUUUUACGUACUUGGCACAUAGUAUGUUUUUGUUAAGCCUGGUUCAGAUUAUUAUUUUAGUAAUAGUCCGAAUCUAGAAGUGGACUGUUUAAGGGUCAUCAGAGUUAUAUUCAGGAAGUCAUUAGAUAAGCUCUGAAAUUGAAAAUGUGGACUAAUAAAAAACAUGUUUGUUACAUCUUC